AUGAUCGAUCCAGCAAUUUUCGAGAACCUCCAAACAAAGAUUGACGAAGAAACUGUUGUUCGAGAUGAACUACACGAGAUCGUCCAGAGUCUAGCUCGAAAAGGCCGAACAACGCAAGCGAUCCUCUCUCGAGCUCAUUCCACACCUUCGCAAGACAUAAAAUCCGUCCUUGAUGACGCCGCGACCCAAAUCCUCGCUCAGAAAGAAGACGUUUCUCGUCUUGCAGAAAUCGCAAACAAGCAUCCUUUCUACAAAUACAAUGGAGUCUGGUCUCGCGAGUUACAAAACUUGGUAUACUACAUAGAACUCUGCGCGUGGCUCGGCGGGKUGACCGAAUACAAAAACUCCUCCAAAACGUCAUUCCUCACAAUCGAAGAAGUUGGAAACUUCCUCGACAUACCCGUCAACCUCAAAGACGAAGACAAGUUCCACCUCACAAUCGAAGAAUACCUCCUCUCCCUGAUCUCGAUGGUCGAAGAAUUGUCUCGUUUGGCUGUGAAUUCUGUGACAUUGGGCGACUACCACCGUCCGCUUGAAAUCAAUAAUUUCAUCAAAGAUUUGUUUGCAGGGUUCCAAUUGCUGAAUUUGAAGAAUGAUAUACUGAGGAAGAGGAGUGAUGGCAUCAAAUACUCGGUCAAGAAGGUGGAGGAUGUGGUUUACGAUCUCUCCUUGAGAAACUUGAUUCCCAAGGCAUGA